CGGAACCGGCGUCGUACGUCGCAGCAAAAUGAACAAAAUUCUUUAAUAGAAAAUAUAAAGAGCAAUGUUCCCUUUGUUUUCCAGUUCUCUUGUAUAAUUUUCUUUGUUCAAUCAUAUGAUAAACAACACUAUGAUUGAACGAGGAAUGCUGGGCGAACAGCCUAUUAGUGAUUGGAAUUUCUUCUCGUUCUUACAAUCAGAAGAGGCGCAAGUCAAGAGCCGCUUCCAGAGCCAUACGAAGACUCUUAUUUGGAAAUGUUAUUUGCAGAGGCAGCGGAGAUGGCGAGUAUUGCUAUUGCAAUGUUUCUUUGGGCUGUCCCUGUUUGUGAUAUCAGUGCUUGUGGCGAAGCCUGUGUUCCUGACGCCCAUCCAGGCGACUCCUCAGGACCCCAUCACAUCCACGCAGCUCUUAAGCUCCGUGAAAAACACGAUCUUGGGCUAUGCCCCGAAUGACAACCCGUAUAACAUAAUAAUAGCUACAGCAUCUACGAAACUUAACACACAAUUUCUUGAAGGCACAUCUGAAGACGACCUCAAUAACCAAUUGUACAUUAAUGCGCAAGGCAAGACGGUGGAUAAGACUAUCAUAUGGAUUAUAUUUAAACCAGAACAAAACAACUUCUGGCGCUUCAGCAUCAAGUCGACGGACCGGUUGAUAUCCGCCGCGGAGGACUGCGAGCAGAGUUUCCAUUCCAAAGUGUUCCUGGGAGUCCAGAUGGCGGUCAGCCAAGCGAUCCUGGAGUACGCGGCGCCGCAAGCGAUAUUUAACUAUGAGAUCACACUCACAGCAAUGCCCGUGUCGCCUCUGAUGCAGAACUCUGCAGUCAGGAUCGCUAUAUCUGGCAUCCUGAUGUGCUACACCCUGGCCCUCCUCCCGCCAGUCAUUGAAGCCCAAGCUUUGGUUGUGCACGAGACCCAGUCGAAAUUUAAGCAAGCUCUGCUCAUGCGCAAAGUGAGUUACUCCUCAGUGUACAUCGCAUGGCUUGUGUACGCGUACCUCACUGUUUUUCCCAUCUGCGUGAUGGGAGCCAUAGUCCUGAUCCUCAUCUUCAGAUGGAUCCACCUUCUCUACGCUUUGAUGACGCUGAUGUCCUACGUGUCUGUGAUGAUCAUGUUCGCUUUUAUCAUGGCCAUGUUCCAUAAUACAGCUCUAAUCUCCUGCUUGUGGAGCACUCUUUUCACGAUGCUGCAAACCUUCCUAGCGGAGCUGCUGGUUCACCACGGCUUCGACAAAUGGAACGAGACUGUCUCCUUCCUGCUACACAUCUUCAUACCGCCACUGGGUCUGAUACAUGCGUUCAAUCAGUUUGCAUUAUUGCAAACGGGGAAUAAAUUGGAUGAUAGAUGGUCGAUAGUAUAUACGGUGCUCAUCUGGACUGUGAUGAAUAUGCUCUACUUUGCUCUCCUCAUGCUGCUUCAGAGGACCAUAGGCCAGGAGCGCGCCAUAGGCGGCCAGGUCUCGUGGAAGUCAAUCAUCUUCAAGAAAAUUGAGGAUAAAAACGUAAUACAACCAGUCCCAAGGCCCACGGGGAAGGAGCGGCAAAAUUUGCAAGAAGUGGAUCAGUUGAUGGCGAAGGCGAUAAGCUUUAGAAAUGUUUCUAAGAGUAUUAUGAACGUGAAAGUUUUAGAUAAUGUGACUUUAGACAUUUAUCGCGGUGAAUACACCAUGCUGUUUGCCGAACGGAUACAAGCUAGAAUGGUCAACACUUGCGAAGAUUUAGUCACAGGUCUAGCUAUUGCUGAUGAAGGCACUAUAAACAUUUUAGGCAAAGAUGUCACGGAGGAGAGCAAUCUGAUGUCUGCACAAAACAUGAUGGGUUACUGCCAUCGGUCCAUGUUCCUGGUUGACGACCUGACUGUUGAGGAACAUCUUGAGUUCUUUAUCAAGAUAUGUCUGUGGAACGAGACAAAACAUUUCAUAACCGAGUACAGCCAUCUCCGCUUCAAGCGCCUAAUGGCGGAGUGUUACCUGGAGAAUGUCAAACACGUGCACAUUGAGAAUUUGAAUAUGUUUUUCCGUGCUCAACUCUGUUGGGCGAUCGCUGUACUGUUAGAACCUAGGAUAGUAAUUAUACCAGAUUAUGGUGACCCUCACAGUUAUAUAUCAGUCAUCAGAGACAAAAUUAUGCAAUUCAAAAAAUAUAUGACUAUAGUAAAAAUAAGUUACGCGACGGUUCACAUGGUGACUGCGGACAGGAUUUUCGUUUUCGACAAUAAAAUUCUGGUGUUUGGCGGAACACCGGCUUAUAUGUUCUUCAAAUAUGGUCGCGAGUAUCGCGUCCGUUUGACUUUCCGUGGAGGAGGGUCAUUCGACAACGAACGAGUACACGAGCUGGUAGCAAACGCCACAAGACACGGCGCCACUGUGCGGGCCAACCUGGGCUCCCUCAUAAUAUUGCGAAUGCCUACUAACCCUACCGCCAAUGUGGCGGCUUUAGUUCAGGAAAUACAGGACAGAUCUGUUUAUUACGGCGUCUCAUCAUUCUCCAUCUCGCUGCCGGAUUCGGAGGAAAUCUGUAGAAGGGCCAUAAAUGUGAUCCGGGGCUCGCAAAAACAACACACGAGUAGUAGCGAAGCUUUAAAGCAAUUUGUUGGCCGAAGUCCUUGGAAAAAACGUCGAAACUUCUUCCUCACAUUUGACGACAUGAGGUCCAUCGGAUGGAAAUAUUUCUCUUUUUGCGUCUACUACAGAUUGUACUUUAUAUUUACGGUGAUGCUGGCGAUCACAGCCGGCAUACUGAUCGGCAUGUCUUUGUCCACCAUGUUGACGGACAUGCAAAAAGACCACGCUAGUAUAUCGAGCAAGUUGCUGCAUGGAGACAUUCUGACAGUGGAGAGUUUGCAACAGACAACUACAUUGAUCUUACGCGUCGACACAGCCGUAGCAUCGAGGUCUAUAGCUGCAUCCUAUGUUAUAUCAGAAACUAAUGCCACAGUUAGUCAAACAAAAGAAAUCACUUAUACUGCUCUGAUGAGCAAUGAGAACCUCGUAGAGUACCUGAUUACAAGAGCCAUAGAUUCGCCGCAACAAUACGUUUAUAUGUACGUUUACGGAUUAAACGUGACUGAAGAAAAUAAUAAUCUUUCGCUCCAUGUAUUGUUCAGUCCGAUGCACAAAGACAAAGGCGCGGCGGCGCGGUCGCUCGCUCGGCUGUACAUGGCACUCAUACGGCACUACACCAAUAAGCCUGACGCCACCAUACAAGUCACCGACGACCCCCUAUCUUUGGACUUCACACCGUUUUUGAAGUACGCCGGGAGCCCACCUUUGGUCAUCAUGUUUCUGCUGAUCGUAACGAUGUCGCAUGUAACGUUAAUCCCUUCCAAAGAACAUGGUUUGAUAAAACACUUACAGAGCCACGCGUACAACUUUUCCCCGCUCCAGUAUUGGACGUCUCUGUACUUCUGCGACCUGAUCCUGUACUGGCUGCUGGUCAGUUUCAUUGCCCUGGCCGUCGUCUGCGUCAUGUAUAUCUCUGUACCUGCCGAUCAUUUCCGAUACAGUGACCUUUUGGUGGUCCCGUUCAUCUUAAUAAUCUACGGUAUGGCAUGUGUCCCGCAGUCGUACCUUUUCUGCAGAGGUCCCAGAGCUGCGCUCAAUGCUAUGAGCUUCGUAAUCAUCAAUCUCAUUUUUGGGGAAGCCACAGUAGUAGCAAAAAUGUUUUUCGACUUGGAAAAUGUUUUGUUAUACUUCAUGAGAAUGUGGCCACAAUUCAACACAGGAUUCGCAAUUGUAAAAAUUAAGCAGAUAUUUUUGUAUAACAGUGAAUGCAUUAUAUUUGAAACUGAAAACUUGUGCUCCUCUAAGACGUUGCAUAAAUGUUGCAAAAAAUGUGGACUGCUCGAACAAUGCUACACCCAAAGGAGGUACCUCACAACGGACGGUAUUCUCGGAGAAGUGCAUUCGAUGCUGAUCAUGACUGCUGUAUUCUUGGUGUUUCUUCUUUUAUGGGAAUACAAGAUCAUGCAGUUGAGUUGGUCGUACGUCCAGACCCUGAUCAAAGGCGUCGAGAUGGACCAGGAUGACCGACUGUCCCCGGGAUCUAUGAGGGAAAAAGGCGAAGUUCUGGAUAAACUAAGAGAGAUACAGCAUGGUCGAUCUGAAAAAAUAAAUACCUUUGGCGAAAGUCUUCUAUGUGCUAACUUGACAGAGAAACGACUGGGAGAAUACGUGUUACGGAACGUUUACUUGGGUCUAGGGAGGGGAGAAGCUCUCGCUAUAUCAGGGUUGAAGAAACAUGGACGAGUGGCCCUGAUAGAGACGCUGGCAGGACUAAACAUUCCAAGCUGUGGACAAUUGUGGGCAAAAUCUAAGUAUAAACUAAAUUCAACCCCUCAUCAGUACUGUCGUCAGGUGUCAAUUGGAUGUGAACGGGACCCCCUGCCGCUGUGGAUGACAGUGUACGACGCUCUUGAAAUGAUCGCUAUCUUACGGGGAAUCCCCGCGAGAUAUGUCUCCCAUGAAAUUUGGAAGUUCAUUCAUGCACUUGAAUUGUACCCCGUGGCAGACACGUUAAUCUGUCAUAUCCCAGGCACGGAACGCACUAGAAUCAACUUCGCAGCGGCCGUGAUCGGUUCUCCGCCGGUCAUCAUCAUCGAUGAGUGUACCAACUUCCAGGAGUACUCCAUUUGUAGGGCCAUGUACUUCAUAUUGUACCAGAUGAAGAGGAAAGGGCACGCUAUUUUCAUCAGCUCUCAUAGCAUUGAAAGCCACAUGCCGAUGACGAACCGACUCGGCAUUUUAUUGGACGGUAGGAUUGUAGACGUGGACCUCGUGGACAACCUCAUAGCUCGGUACACCCUCAAGGGCUACACUGUGGUGGUCCACCUCAAGGAUGAGGUCGACGUGGAAAAGAUGUUCGGAGCGCAUUUCAAGGAAUUCGUCGUUAAUGAUACCACUGACGUGUUGGUUAACGUCCAAGUACUUGAUAGCGAUCUGAAUUGGAAGACAGUAUUCGAGAAAAUGGAAGAACUGCAGGCGAGCAAUUCUCAAGUUUACUCCUACAUAGUGACGAGUAUUCCUAUAGAUUAUAUCUACAACUCUAUUAUAGUCAACGAAAUAGGUCUCAAACAAACGUCUGGAGACCUGUUCACUUGCCCAUGGCUCUCAAAAUUAUGUGGACCAGAACCCAAAAUUCAUCCCACACAAGCAAUGCUUGACAGCCUUAUACCCUUCCCGAUAAAAUAUGAAAUUACUAAGCUGCAAGAAUUGCCGUGGUCUGUCAUAUUUCACAGAUAGGUAAGACAGAUUUUUUGUAAUUUUAUUUCAAACGCCCUAAUAAGGAGCGCUUUAUUUAUCUGUUCAAAGCAUUUAUUCCAGUGGCCACUUCCACUUUAUUUUCAACAGCAAACAAGUAUUUACCUAUUUUAUUUAUUUGACUUAUGCACAUGUAUGUUUAACGGAGUCUAUAGGGGUUUACUACCAGUUGAGCGCGGCCUCACUGCUUUGUUAAGGUGCAUUUGUACCAAAAGAGUAAAUGCUCAUUCUAUUUUUGUUCUCCCCAUUCUGAUUAUCUUUCGUGUUCUUGUCGUAUCGGAAUGGUAUUUUAAAAGGUAACUUUUCAUCCACUGUAUGUCCAACCAAUCACUGACAUGAGGCUAUGGCAUAAAUGUACCUUAACGGUGCGUUGCGUCGACGCAGCGGUGCCGCUCUGUCACUUAAACUUUUUAAUGUUAUAGUUCCAUGUUUUAUAUAUAUAUUUGAGAUUUAUUUACGUAACAUAAGUCCAUGCAGUUGUGGUGGCCACGCUCUUCACCAUCCUAUAGAGUGACGGAAUAAAUUUUUAAAUAACUUUAUGUGAACAAUAAUAGGGUAAAGCCCAGCCUGUGCCCCGGCAUAGAGCAUUGACUUCCUGAGACAUAUUAUAAGUUUUGAUGUCAGAAAAUAAGUGCUAAAUAGCAUAUCCAAAAAUUAAGAUUCUGCUGUUAGGAUUAGGAGAUAUUUAAAGUGAAAUGAUAUAAGCGUAACCACUAGCCCUUUAUCUCACACAUACCUCCUCAUUCACAUUGAUAUUCAUAUAAAAUCUAUAUCAAAAUGAAUGUUCAGUUCUUGAAUCACACAAUGAGAUAGUUUUUCUGGUAUAUUAUAAUUAUAUUUUAUUGGUUUUAGCUUUUGUACUUUGAGGUAUGUUUGAGAAGCACUUGAGAAAUGAUAGUUGAAAUAAUAUUAAGCUUGUGUUAAGUUGCAGAAUUGUUAGUUUGGUUGUUAGUUGGAUGCAAUAAAAGUUAUAA